UUCAAGGCUCGCAUUCGCUCAAGUCAUUUCUUAUCACUACUAAACCAAAUUCAAACACCUACUAAUUAGCCUUCGCCAUCAGAGUAUUUACUGAAGAUUAAUAAAAAUCAUGAUUUUUUUAAUAAUUUUGUUAAAACAAGUUUCAGCAAAUAAUUGGCAGUAAUCAGUUUAUUAGUACGCCUCUGUAACAGAGGAAUAUUCCCGAGUGUUUAAGUCGAUAAUUUAUUCAACAAUGAUUUCUAAUGACGUAACUAUCAGUGAUGAAAGUGAUCAACAGGUGAUAAAUAAAACAAAGAAAAGAGUUCAAACUUUUAUAAAAAAACAUAUCCCAAUUACGAGAUGGUUACCAACAUAUUCACGAUUUUAUGCUAUUUCUGAUUUUAUUGCCGGAAUCACGUUAGGACUCACGAUGAUUCCACAAAGUAUAGCCUACGCUGCUCUUGCUGGCCUAACGCCACAGUAUGGUUUAUAUUCAUCAUUCCUUGGUGGUUUCAUUUAUGUCUUUUUUGGUACUAUCAAAGAGGUGUCUAUUGGAGCUACAUCAUUAAUGGCUUUAGUGACAAUUGAAUACACUCGAGAUAUGCCGAUAGAUUUUAUUGUUCUUCUGUGCUUUCUAGCAGGCUGUGUUGAAUUCAUGAUGGGAUUAAUGAAUUUAGGAUUCCUGGUAGAUUUUAUUUCAUUGCCAGUUACUUCUGGUUUUACAUCCGCUACAUCAAUCAUUAUUAUUAUUUCCCAGUUACCUGGACUUUUUGGAUUGAAAUUGAAAUGUGAAAAUAUUGUUGAUCUUCAAAAAUUAUACCAAAACUGGGGAAAUAUUAAAUUGAAUGACACACUUUUAGGAAUUAGUUGUAUUAUUUUAUUAUUAAUUUUUAGAAAAUUUAAAGACUUGGAUUGUUCACAAAUUAAAGAAAAAUAUCUAACUGGAGGAUUGAUAUUAGAAAAGACACUGUGGUUUUUGUCAGUAUCUAGAAAUGCUAUUAUCGUUUUUAUAGCUUCAUCUAUAACUUUUUCUCAAGAUAAAAAUGGGAAUAAAUUGUUUGCAACUGCUGGAUCAGUUUAUCCAGGAUUACCUACUUUUGCUCUUCCACCUUUUUCGUCCCAGGUGGGCAAUGAAACAUACAGCUUCACUGAUAUGUGUGCUCAUUUAGGAACAGGAAUUUUCAUGGUACCUCUUAUAGCUGUACUAACAAAUGUAGCAAUUGCAAAAGCAUUUAUGCGAGAUGGGCCAGUAGAAGCAUCACAAGAAAUGUUGACCCUUGGUGUUUGCAAUAUAGCAGGAUCUUUUGUAUCAUCAAUGCCAACAUGUGGAGCAUUUACACGAAGUGCAGUUGGAAGUGCUAGUGGUAUUCAGACGCCGAUGGCUGGAAUUUAUUCUGGCACUAUGGCACUUUUAGCUCUUGGAUUUCUGACACCUUACUUUGGUUUUAUACCUAAAGCUACACUUUCUGCUGUUCUUAUCAGUGCUGUUGUUUUUUUGAUCGAUGUAAAUAUUCUGAGGAUUCUUUGGAAAAGCAGCAAAAGAGAUAUGGUAAUUGUGGGUGGAACUUUUUGGAUAUGUCUAGUCUUCAACGUAGAGACUGGAUUACUUUUUGGUACUUUUACUAAUGCUUUAUAUUUAUUAUACUACUCUGCAAGACCGAAAAUUGAAGUUCAAAAGCUUAAGACAUUGCACGGUGAUAGAUACGUUUUAAUCAAACCAGAAGCUGGUCUCUUCUAUCCAGCAGUUGCAUAUUUAACGAAUUCAGUCUGUAAAAUAGCACGGAAUGAAGCAAAAGGAAUUUAUCCUUUAAUUGUAGACUUUGAAAGAUUUCAAGGAGUUGAUUACACUGCAGCUAAAGGAAUAGAAAAACUUAUAACUACUUUUGAAGGGAAAUCCCAGUCAUUGAUGUUUUUGAAUGUUAGUCAGUAUGUAGUUAAUUUAAUUAUGAAUCUCAGUAAUUUAAAAAAUUUUAAAUUCAUUCAAAAUGAGGAUGGCAUCAUGGACUUUUUUGCAAAAGAAAAAAUCCCAAAAUCAUUGACUAGUGCAACAUUUGCUACUAUGAAUGAAGUUUCCAAUAAAUGUACAGAAGUAGAAAAGACAUUACCUGAACAAGAGUCUUUAUUGGCAAGUAAUCAAGGCGUCAAGAGUCAUGAAUUAAUGCCACUCAAUUCAUCAAAAUAAAAUACUAAUUGUGUAUGGAAUAAACCAGUUUACAUUAAAUUCUUCAUUGAAUUAUUGAUUGAUAUGACUGAAAGCAUAAAAUUGAGAAAAUUUUACUUACAACGUAAGCUAACGUAAAGAUGUAAACAAAUUGAUAAAGGCUGAAUAUUUGGUGUCAUUUGACUUAUGCCAAGCAUUUCGAUAUGUUCAUAAUGUUCAAUUUUGUAAUAUAAUUAUAUAAAAGUUGUUUCACUUUUAAUCUCUUUGUAUAUGUAUUAUCACAAUAAAAUAUUUUUUCAUUUGUCA